AUGUCUGCGUUUGGUGGAAAAAAGGGGGGAAGGGGGAGAGGCUGCCGCUUCUACGCCCGUGCUGGAGCCGUGAUCGACAAGCAAGGACAAGCUUUCACCCGACAUGUCGUGGUGCAGGUGCUGAAGUGGCUGAGUGACCACGCAGCAGCGUGUGGCGCCAACGACACGCCCUGGGAGCAGCAGACCAACGUGGGUGACUCGGGGGCCCCCACAGCUGCGGCGGCAGCAGCUUCAGCCGCUCAGAGGCAGUUGCUGUGGGAGGUGCUGCGGCUGCUGGUGAAGCACUCGGAGGCCGGAAAAACGAAGCAGGCCAGAGGGUGGCUUAUGGGGCAGCUGUACCAGCAGUACAACGCGGACGAGUACUAUGGCGGCAGUUGGCUUCUUUCAGCUAUCAAUGUGAUUACAGAUGGCGGCUACCACUGCCCCUCCCGCCGCGUUGCCAAGCUCCUGUCCGCCCAGGGACUCACUGUGCGGUACCACAUCCUGCAGGCCUCGAAACCCAAGACAGGGUGUCCGCUGUUCGUGACUACUGGCUUGUUCUUUGGCGAGGAGUUCACCAACUUCAUGGAUGCGUUAAACUCUUAUGACAUUCCUUUCACCUUCCUAGCGCCGUACCGUUAUCCGUUCAACCAGUGUCCCUUUACAUCUAACGAGACGCAGCUUGCGUCGUACUUGUCGGGUAUCAUCAACGCCGUGGCCGCCUCUAGUUCUCCCCUGCCGCCGCGCACCAGCUCCCUCACCUCCCGCCUGCUCAAGAACACCCCAAGCUGGAAGCCCUGGACCGCCACCUCGAACCCCGUCAUGAACAUAGACACGGCUGGACCGCGGGUGUUUGAGGCGGCUGACCUGCUGCUGGAUGCCAAGUGUCAAUUCUGGGACGACCUCCUGAACGCGGACAUAACCGCGGGCACUGCCUUCCACAGCUGA